UCCUACUGCAAAGUGAUGGACAAGUAUGAAGGGGUCCUGAACAGACAGUCCAUGAGGUGGUCCCAGCUCCUUCGACAGAAACCACAUGUCAAGAAGGACUUGACAGCUACCAAACUGGUGAAAAGGUUUGUGCGUAAAGGCGUGCCCAACGAGCUCCGUGCCAAAGUGUGGAUGUUAACCAGUGGCGCCCAGGAGCGACUGGAGAGCAAGCCUGGCUACUACCGCUCUCUCCUGGACAUGCAGCACGACGCCAGGCUGAAGGAGACCAUCCGCCUCGGUGCAAACACCACCUUCCACCCGGUGGACAUCCACAGGACCUUUCCUGACAAUGUCUUCUUCCAAAGUCAAGCAGAGCCAGGCCUGCAGGGGGCGCUGUAUAAUGUGCUGCUGGCAUAUGGACACCAUAAUAAGGAUGUAUGUUAUUGUCAGGGUAUGAACUUCAUUGCAGGCUACAUCAUCAUAAUCACCAAAGAUGAAGAAAAAGCUUUUUGGCUCAUGGAUUCAUUGCUGGGAAGAAUACUACCAGACGACUACAAUGCAGCUAUGCUGGGCCUGAUGACGGACCAUUAGGUUCUAGAGGAAUUGGUAAAAGCCAAAGCUCCGGCAGUGGGCCAGCUCAUGGCUCAGUAUCCUGGCAUCUGGACCGUGGUGGCGUCACGCUGGUUCAUCUGUCUUUAUAUCGAUGUUCUCCCUAUUGAGACCGUCCUACGGAUCUGGGGCUGUCUCUUCUACGAAGGCUCCAAGGUGCUUUUCCGGGUGGCACUGACUCUCAUCAGACACAACCAGCCGGAAAUCCUACGAGCUCGCUCUUUGCAGGAUGUGUGCCAGUGCUUCCAACGGAUCACCAGUGGCGUUUUCACACUGGGCUGCCACACUUUCAUGCAGAGAAUCUUUGCAGAACCCGGGAGUCUGUCCAUGGCAACUAUUGAUAAACUGAGGGGCAAAUGUCGCGAUAGGAUGCAGGAAAAAUCAAGGGAGCUGAUGUGAUGCAAUGUUGUCAUUGACUAGGUAACCGCAUGCUCAUUGA